AUGUUGGGUGCUGUAUUGGCAUUAACUGCGUUAGCGACAUUGAUUAUAAAGGAUGCUAAUAGUUUAAAAAUAGGCGAAUUUGCUAUUGAGGGGCUUUUGGACAGCAUGCAGCGAAAACUCUUAACUGACCGCGAAAUGAAACAUUCAAAUAUUUAUAUAAUACCGGUAAACAAAAAUGAGAAAAAUGUAAAAUAUGUAAAUAAGCUUAUAGACGACAUUGAGUACUGGAAAAGUAAUGAUGACUGGAGCAGGAAAUCUAGUGACUAUAACGAAUUUAAGGACCUGGAAAAUUACUCCAAAUUUUAUCUCGUUCUUAAUAAUCUACUUAAUAAAGAAGACUCUAACAGUAUUAAAAAAUUGAUUUCUAAGCUUCUCGCAAGUAAAAGGGUGAAAACCAAGAAUGAACAAAGAAAACAUUUAUACAAGGGUUUUGCGAUUAAACAUAACUUAUUACCAAAUCAUAGAAGACGCGAUUCAAACGAAUACGCCAGUUACGAACAGAAACGGUCUAAUAAUAGAAAUAAAGAAUUUAUUGGAGGGCGGACUGGCAUACCAUAUGCAGGAAAUCGCCAUGUAUAUGAAAAAGGAUAUAAA